GGGGCUUUUGGUGCGCACGCGCCGUGGAAGGCCUAGCGUCGCCAUGGGCUACUGAGCCCCCGCGCCGGCACCGGCGCUUGUCCAGCCGCCCGCCCGCGGGGCGGCAACCGACCCCACCAUCCCCCUGCAGCGCCCGGCCUGCCGCGAGGGGAGACCGGGCGGGGCGGGACCGAGCGGCCGCGCCGGAGGAGGAGGGGGCGACGGUCUUGACUCGUGAGUGGCUCUCUAGCAAUCCUGACUGGAACUUCACACCAAAAGGCACCAUGAUAGUGAGGACUGAUGUCACUGCAGCCCCCAGAUCGGGGUCAACUGCCACUGCUCCAGCUGUGGCUUGCAACUUAACCUGCAAGCCAGAGGGUGAAAGCCCCACGGCUGUGGAGCAGCCAAUAUUCCUCAUGACCACUGCUGCUCAGGCCAUCUCAGGUUUCUUUGUAUGGACAGCUUUGCUCAUCACCUGCCAUCAGAUCUACAUGCAUCUUCGCUGCUACAGCUGCCCAAAUGAACAGCGCUACAUUGUUAGGAUCCUCUUCAUUGUGCCCAUUUACGCCUUUGACUCGUGGCUCAGUCUCCUGUUCUUCACCAAUGACCAGUACUAUGUUUACUUUGGCACUGUGCGGGACUGCUAUGAAGCCUUUGUAAUAUACAACUUCCUCAGCCUCUGCUAUGAGUACUUGGGAGGGGAGAGCUCCAUCAUGUCUGAGAUCAGAGGGAAACCAAUUGAGUCCAGCUGUGUGUAUGGGACUUGCUGCCUAUGGGGAAAGACCUAUUCGAUUGGAUUCCUGAGGUUCUGCAAACAGGCUACGCUGCAGUUCUGUGUGGUGAAGCCCCUUAUGGCAAUCAGCACAGUCAUCCUUCAGGCCUUCGGCAAGUACCAGGAUGGUGACUUUGAUGUAACCAGCGGCUACCUCUACGUGACGAUCAUCUACAACAUCUCUGUCAGCCUGGCACUGUAUGCCCUCUUCCUGUUCUACUUUGCCACACGUGGGCUGCUCAGUCCCUAUAGCCCAGUCCUCAAGUUCUUCAUGGUGAAGUCUGUCAUCUUCCUGUCCUUCUGGCAAGGGAUGCUGUUGGCCAUCUUGGAAAAGUGUGGUGCCAUUCCAAAAAUCCACUCCGCCAACGUGUCCGUGGGUGAAGGCACUGUAGCUGCUGGGUAUCAAGACUUCAUCAUUUGCGUGGAGAUGUUCUUUGCAGCCAUUGCCCUACGCCAUGCCUUCACAUACAAGGUGUAUGUGGACAAGAGGCUCGAUGCCCAAGCUGUUCCAUCAUAUGGGCCAUACGGUCGCUGUGCUCCCAUGAAGAGCAUCUCCAGCAGCCUCAAGGAGACCAUGAACCCCCACGACAUCGUCCAAGAUGCGAUCCACAACUUCUCCCCAGCCUACCAGCAGUACACCCAGCAGUCAACACGGGAGCAAGGUCCGCUCUGGCGCAAAAACCAUUAUGUCAUCUCGCGUUCCCACAGCUGCCCAAGUGCCCGUGAAAAUGAAAAGACCCUCUUGCUAAGCUCUGAUGAUGAAUUCUAGGAGGGAAAGCUGCCACCACGGGCUGUCAUUUUCCUUCUUUUGUUUUUUUUUUUUUUGUUUGUUUGUUUGUUUUUUUAAUUUAUUAAGGCAGAAACAUGUCAGUCAUAUCACUUCCUAGAGAGUGCAGAAGCGGGCACUUCCAAUUAGCUUUUGUGGGUGCAGACACGAUGAGUGGCGUGGAGGUGGGAGAAUGGCCAGGACUCCAUUCUUGAGCCCAUUGCUUGCAGCAGCAAUUGACUGGAAUUAACUGAAGCAAAGCUCCGGGGUUUGGGGCUCUGGCCCCCCACACCUGACCUGCUUGGCGUGGAGUGUGACUGGCCAGAGCCUGGAGUUGUGGUCAAAAGUGGUUUUGGUUUUCGUUUUCCAUUGGACAACCCAACUACUUUGCAUUCCUCUUCCUGAAUGUAGGCACAGUUUGCUCCCUCAGCUCCCUGGUACUAACAUCUCUGUGAUCCUUGGGGAAUGGGAUUAGGAUGCAGCAAUAUGCAUUCCUAAGGACCAGACCAGAGAUUAGUGUCUCUGUAGCCAUUGCCCUGAAUACUUAGUAAAGAACAUUGGCUGCACGCUCCCGAGCGGCUGGUUGUGCAGUCCUGUACUUGAGUGAGUUGAGGGGAACAUGACAGGACUUCUUUCCUGUUCCUCUGCUCCCUGCAUCUCCCCCACCAUCUCCCUAUCAAAGCUGAUGCUUGUUGAAGCUUAGCAGGGAUGGAAUUACUGUCUCACAAGAGUGGGAUUUUCUAAUUGCCAGGGUUUCAAGCUUUCCACCUCCCCUGCAUUCCUGUGGCAAGAAGCCUCCCUGGAGUGUGUCUCCUGCUGACAAGGCAAAGGGCUGACCUCGAUAGGUGGUGGAAGCUUGUAGAGCUCUGGUCCUUCCAUCCCUCUUUGGGAAAGGAAGAUAUGUGAACACUAAAGUGUUGUUUCCCUUCUUGUUUCCUGUCUCCCACUGACACAGCCACACCUCUUGAAGGUGUGGAUUGCACCAGGUGGCUGCAAGAGCAGGUCCUGGUCUCUCACAGGUAGCUCUCCCCGUGCUUGUUACCGAGUUCCCUUAUAAGCUGCACAAAUUUUUCUCUUAGGCUGGAGUAUUCAGGAAGGGUUGUUGCACACUCCUUUUUGGCUUUUUUAUCUCCAUAGCUGUUCCAGGCCAAACUGGAGCAGACUUGAAACCUGACAUGACCUAGCUGGUUAAAAUUGUCCCUCUCCAUUUCCCAGCAGCAGUGCCUGCUGCUGCACGUUUCCCAGGCCAUGCAGCAACUGUGAUACUAUCAAGGGUGGAGCCAGCAUCCAUGGGACUGGGAAAAGAAACUUCCGCUUGCUUUUACUGAGCUUUGGGUUGGCCCCUACGUAUUGAGUGGAGCCAAAUUAAAAAUGAUUCCUGUGUAGAUCUCUCCAGGGACCAGGAAAUGCCUCCUGCUUGUUUAAAAUUGCCUAGGGUAGGAGGGGAGAGCACACUCAAGUGCCAUAGGUGAGAUGCCCCUACACCCAAGAAGGAUACGAAAUGGAGAGGUUAGAACAAGGUACUGUGUUCUUCUUGGCUAUAGUUUCUCUGUUCCUCUUCUGCUUGAUGCCUGCCCUGCCCUCAGCAGACCUGCACAUUUUCAGAUUGCCCCUUGUUACUCUGCUCGGAGAACUAGGGUCUGGUUUACUGCCUGGCAUCCACCUAUUCUCUCGUAUCCUAAUCCAUGUGCUUGGGCAUUCGCUUUCUCUGAAGCAACUGUGAGUGAAGAGCACCUCGUUUCCUCAGACCCCUGCCAGAAUGUGUGUCAGGAGCAGGGACAAAAGGGCUUGAAGGGAGGCAGGUUUGUUCCCUCCUGUGAGGGUAAGGUGGAGGGAAGGCUUAAGGACAGUGUCUCCUUCCAUGCUCGUGUGUCUGGAGGGACAGUGAAGCAGGUGGGAACAACAGUGCUGAUUUUUGAGGGAGCACUGGAGGCAGGGUCAGUGGAUCCAGUAGCUUCUCUGCUGAUGGAUUUCCCUAUUUGCACACAUCCUGCGAUGCCAUGCAGUUACUGCUUUUACUAAAUCUGUCACUGCUUGAAUGGACACGCAAACGCCAUCUGCCAAGCUUUGUGUAAGCUUGGCAUAAAACUCCUUUUCCUCAUGCCAUCAGCCGCCUGGAAAGCAGGGCUGAACAUUGAAUGGUCUUUCUUUCCAUCUUCCAUGGCUCUGAUUAAUAGUCCUUUAGUGUGAGGUAUUUAUGGCAAACUUCUCCUCUCUCUUAGGAAAGCGGGGCACGGGACACGAUCCCUUCCUCCCCUUGCCUUGCAUUUGCAGGCCUUGAUGAUGUCCCAGUGUUACUUAAUUGGUGACUGUCCCCAUCUUUGUUGCAUUCGUUGAAUUCUAUGAUGCUAAAUGCUUUCCCAAGCCUCAAUCAUCUUUGAAGUGCAAAUGGACAAGCCCAGGGAAUUCAGAUCUCAGCCACCCAAUACAACAAAGAUUGGGCACAGUGUGCUCUCUAUAUAUGCCAUGCAGAGCAUCCCGAUAUUCCCGAAGCUUCCUGUAUGUAGUGGUUUAAAGUACAACCGUUUUGCACUAGUUGCCUUUGGAAAGCCUGGUGAAGAACUAGUGCCCAAACAACAGCCAGCUGCCAUGCAUUAUAAUUUUAUAUAUAUAUAUAUAUAUAUGGGGUUUUUAACACCAUAGAAAAUAAUCUCUGAGCUUCCUGCUCUCCCUCGCAACAGGUAGGUGCCAGAGCAAGGACUGGCUCUGAAGCCACUCUGGCUUGGAGGAACCAACACCUGAUCUGACCCAGAGCUUGACACCAAGGAGGCCAAGGCAUCUGUGGUCUUGCAGGUCUGCUCGCGGUAGCCCAGGGCCCUAACAAAUGUGUUGGUUCCAGAACUGGGCUCUUGGAGCUGCUCUCCCUCACCUGCUUCCCCCUCCCUCCCGUCCUUCCUGUUUACCAUGUAACAUACCCAUGGGGUUUGUUUAUUAUUUUUCCAUAUAGAGUAGUUCUUUGUAUAUAAACUGAAAAAAAAAAUGUAUGAUAAAUAAGACAGAGUCACCUAGUUUUGUACCUAUCGUGUUUAACUGAUGUGAGCUCAGCGACAAGCCGCUCUCUAUUUUGGUCUUCGUGGCGUUAUACUCUGCAGAAAUGAGCAAAUAUGACAACAAAUAAAAAUAUAGAGAUAAUAUAGAUUGUACUUCAGCUGCCUCUGCGUGGUGCUGUCUCGAGUGACUUCACUGAACUGAUACAGAGCGUUUGCUCGUUGCAGGGGCUGAGGCUUAGUGGGUCAAUGUGUCUUGUCCUGUUCUUGAGAGGAAAGCUUCAGCUUGUCUCUAGGCAGAAGCAGCACUACAGCUAAGGCAUCACUGAUGGCAAAACCCAUUUGUCAAAAACCUGAAGGAGAGAUGGGUGCUGGUGGAGGGGGCUCUGUGUGAAACACCUGUGGGAGAAAGGGAGCUGCUUUCUCCUAGAGAGGCCCCAGCAAAGGUCAGCUCUGGGCUUUUCUUCCAAGAGUGGUGGUGAGGCUGGGGAAAUUUGCAUAGAUGGAAUGUAAAUGUAAAACCCAGAACCACCACGGGAGUGCUGCAAGCUGCCAGAAGGCUGAAACCUGACCUGCUUGGGCAUCAAGGGAACAUGCUCAUCGCUUCCACCUUGGCUCUGAGGAAGGGUGGCUUUUCCCCUGUGGGGAGGAGGUCAGGCUUCACCUGUGCAUAAGGUGCCUACCAUACUUCCUUCCUCUUCUGCCACGCACAGACACAAGCUCUCUGCUUCCCUCCUUGCUGUGACUGAGUGAGGUUACGCAGUAGGGAAAGUUUUUGGGUGGAGCUGCCCUGUUGCACCUGCCUCUUUUUUCCACACCAUACCUAGGGCAGCCUAGAGGAAGUUUUAGGCCCCACACUACAAGAAGGAAGGACAUUGAGGUGCUGAAUCAUGUCCAGAGGAGGGCAACAAAGGUAAUGAAGGGUUUAAAUCAGAAGCCUUAUGAGGAGCGGCUGAGGGAGGUGGAGUUUUUUAGUCUGGAGGAGACCGAUGGGAGACCUUACUGUUCUCUACAACUGCCUGAAAGGAGGCUGUAGCAAGGUGGGAGUUGGUCUCUGCUUCAUGGUAGCCAAUGACAGGACAUGGGGAAGUGGCCUCAAGAUGCACCAGGGGAGAUUUAGGUUGGAUAUUAGUAGGAAUUUCUUUACCAAAAGGGUUGUCAAGCAUUGGAACAGGCUGCCCAGGAAGGUGGUCAAGUCACCAUCCCUGGAAAUGUUUAGAAGAUGAGUAGAUGUCAUAUCUGGGGACAUGGUCUAGUGGCAGACUUGGCAGGGCUGGAUCAAUGGUUGGACUCUGUGAUCUUAAAGGUCUUUUCCAACCAAAACCAUUCUGUGUUUCUGUGAAUUCACCCAGCAAAAAGCAUGAUCUUUCCUAGUAAGAGCUGAUUCAGCAUGGCUGAACUGCUCCUGAAAGCAAAAGUGCUUUGGGGAGUCAGGUUCAGCAUUAAGCUUGCUUACUGGCCCCUAUCCUCCCAGAGACUAUGAACCUAACUUCGUUCUAAAGAGUCACGAGUUGUGCCCAUCCCAUCUCUUUUGGGCAUACUCUUGAAUGUGUCCUGCAGCAAAGCUAGAGGGAGCUAGAAAACGCGGUCUCACUGAGGCACAGCUCUGUCCCUGAAGCUCAAGAAUGACCAAACACUCUCACUGUGGAAAAAAAAAAAAAAAAAAAGAACUUGCUUUAUUUGUAAAGUCUACAAAAUACAGAGAAGUCGGGUAGGACACAUACUGUAAGUCAGAAAAUAAAUAAGUAUUUUUUUUUUGCUCUAUAUAAGAUAAAAUGUGAUUUGCAUAUAUAAAAUAUAAAGUACGGCUCUGUACCAACAUCCUGGCUGUGCCGAGAGGCGGAAUGGCAAAGAGGACGUGAAAAUAACUUAUGUUCGUGCAAUAAAUAAACCCAAGAGGAGUUGGGGUGGGGGAGAUGCUAACCAUGGUGCCCCCUCUGCGAGGGACAGACACCUCUCUCCAGGAAAGGAUGGAGGCUGCAGCCGAGGGCGGCUGGCGUGGAAAUACCCAGGCAGGGACAGAAAGCAGUGGGGAGGAUCAUCUACAGCAGCAGAUGCCAAGAGGGGUCUGGCCUCCUGUUACCUUCUCCGUGCUGCCUGUAUUUAGCGAUCCAACUCUUCUCCAGCAUUUCAGCCUGCUGAAGAGCUGGUUGUCCUACAAGGGUGACCAAGCUGAAGGAAAACCAAAGGGAGGAGCCUACCUGCCUGCCAGGCAGCUCCCAGGAGCCAGGGAUGCUCUUCACCCCUGCUUUCCACCUCCUGCACUUCCACCCCUUUCUCUGCUUCCGCAGCUCUGGCUCUCGGCACCCAGGAGCACCUUUCCCUGGGCUUUGUAGGCAGCGGGGUGCCAGAGAGUGUUUGGAGGGACUGUUCAAGCCAGCCUGUGCUGAGCAAAACUGUUUAUCUCUACUCCAGCUGCCUUCGCUUCCUUCCUGAUGGUGCUGCUGCAUUUCAGAGACACCCAGCCCGCCAGGCUGAGCAUCCUGUAGGCAGGAAGAGGCGUUAAGGAUGUGCGUGAGAGAGAGAAAAGCAACGCUACUCCCCUUCAUGGAUGACAGCCUGGGCUGACCUGAUCACGUCCCUCAGCUCUCCCCUAGCCAAGAGAAAAACCUCCACCACUGUCACCUCUUGAGUCCCCCAGCACAAGCUGACAUGGCACUUUCCCAUUCCACUCACCCUUGCCAGGCACCAAUCCACAGC